GGGAGAUUGAGAAAGCCCUUUUCCCACAAAGCCGCUGUGCAGCGGUCCCCUUUCCCCGCCCGGUUCUCCUGGCUGUCGCAGGAGUGCAGGGAGCCGCCGCGGGCCCUUUAAGGGCCGAGAGGUGCGCGGUCUCUUUAAGGCAGGUCCGGGUGGUUUCUGUUUUCUGAAGGAAGUGACGGGGGUGGGAUUGAAUGAAAAGUGCAAAACAGAGUCUCAGCGCCGGAGUCGGGGGCCUCGGGAGCCCCGGGGACGCAGUGUCCGCCUCAGGGCAGCCGGGGCACGCCGCGGAGCGCAGCUCGCGCGCGUCCUCGCCACUUUGGGGGCGACCGGCGGCCGAGCCUCCCGGGAGCGGCUCCUGGGCGCCCCCGACUAGCCACUAAGUUCGAAGGAAGUUUGGCAGCGCCUCUCCCCGCCCGCACGCGGCGAGCCGGGGCCGCAGAGGCCGGCGGUGGCACACCGGGAUGCGCCUGCCCGGCUGCCACGGGGUCCCCACGGCGUCCGGCGCGCUGCUGCUGCUGCUGCUUCCUCUGCUGGUGCAGCUCCUCGGGGCGCCGCGCGGCGUGGGCGCGGGGGCAGGCGCGCCCGCCGAGCUGCGGGUCCGCGUUCGGCUGCUCGACGGCCAGGUGACGGAGGAGAGCCUGCAGGCGGACAGCGACAACGACAGCAUCAGCCUCGAGCUGCGCAAACCCGACGGCACCCUCGUCUCCUUCACCGCGGACUUCAAGAAGUAUGUGAAGAUCUUCCGGGCCCUGAUCCUGGGGGAGCUGGAGAAGGGUCAGAGUCAGUUCCAGGCCCUCUGCUUUGUCACCCGGCUGCACCACAAUGAGAUCAUCCCUAGUGAGGCUAUGGCCAAGCUUCGACAGAAAAACCCACGGGCAGUGCGUCAGGCUGAGGAGGUGCGGGGCCUGGAGCACCUGCACAUGGACAUCGCCGUCAACUUCAGCCAGGGGGGCCUGCUGAGCCCCCAUCUCCGCAAUGUGUGUGCCGAGGCUGUGGGUGCCAUCUACACCCGCCAGGAGGACGUCCGUUUCUGGCUAGAGCAAGGUGUGGACGGCUCCGUGUUCAAGACUCUGCCCAAGGACACAGAACAGUCUUUGCUUCCUCACUGCAGGCUGAUGGCGGACCGAGGGAAGCCCUGUGUCUGCCACUAUGGCCUGAGCCUGGCCUGGUACCCCUGCAUGCUCAAGUACUGCCACAGCCGCGACCGGCCGGCGCCCUACAAAUGUGGCAUCCGCAGUUGCCAGAAGAGCUACAGCUUCAACUUCUACGUGCCCCAGAAGCAGCUGUGUCUCUGGGAUGAGGACCCCUAGUCAGGCUAGGGUGGUGGGGUGGUCCCCAGGAGGCUGCUAUGGUCUCACCACUCCUCCCCCAGCCACUAGAUGGAGUGGCAACCCACAAUGUGGCCUUAUUUCCCUUCCUUCCCUUCCCGUCCUUUCCCUUCCCCUAACCCUAGAGCUUUUGGUCCCAUCACUCAUAACUGUGAAAAAGGGAUGUGGCAUGACAGGGCUUAACUCGUGAAGGCAGCUCCCACUCCCACCCUGUGCCUUCCUUGAGGACAGAAAGGAGAUAAGGGUUCUCCACACCGCACCCUUCCUCUCCUUCAUCCCCCGCGAAGUGCUCCUUUCCAAACAACCAAGAUGUCAUGGCCUAUGAUUCUCCUGUUUAACUCUUUGAAAGUUUACACCCUGAAGGUGUCUCUGCCUCUUAUACCCUCCUCCCCACAUACAACCACCCUACCCCCUUAACCAUCUGGAAGGAGCUGGCCCCUCUGUGCUUUCAACUGCCCAACGAGGCGGGGAUCAUUGCCCCAGAGAGAUGGUUGUUGGGACUGAUGCCAUAGCCCCUACACCAGCUCACAAUGCCUCCUUCUCAUUACUGGCCUCCGAGGACUUCACUGGGGUAGGUGGGGACCUCCCAGCUCUGAGACCACCUGUGCCUUCCCCAGACCUGGAUGUGACUGUGAGAGCAGGCACCACGUUUCCUCCUCUAAACAGAAAUAUGUUUGUAGGUUUCUGGGGCAGGGAGGGAGCAUGAAGUAUGAGGAAAACUUGAAUUUCAGAUUUUUAAUGCAAAGUAUUUAUCAUUUCUACCAGAAAUAAAAGUUUAAAUUUUUACUUGACCAACAGCUCUAGACAUGGAGGUCUCAGAGAACUUUUGGCCAAUGCUGUCA